AUGCCGCAUGACAGAGGUUCAUCGUUGCUAGUGGCAAUUGAUAAUCUGUUAUACCUUACAGAAAAGGGACAGUGUAAUAGACUGGUGAGCUGUAGUAUACAGUAGAACUGCUAUCGUGAUUCAACCACUUAUGAUCCAAUCCAUUCAAAAUAACUUCAAGCUCGAGACAUGUUUGCUUUUUUAUAAAGUUCCCAUCUUUAAAACGUCUGCCUUUUCGUCGGCAGUUUUAGGAUUUGAAGAAACGUGUAUCCAGCAGAUAUUCGCACACCGAUUGCAACUCAGCAACGGUGGCGAAAACGUCUCUUAAAAAGAGAAUUCGCGUUGUUUGAAACUUCAUGGCGAUGAAUCCAACUCGCAUAAUUUGUCAAAUGCAGGCGAGUCCUGGACUUGUCUAGGAGUUGAAUUCUUAGGGCCUGUUUACAUGGAGACCACAGAUAGGUGAGGCGACAUGCGGUAGGUCACCCCACCUAUCAUGUAAACGUGAUCAAAUUAAAGUGAGAGAUUAUAGUUAUAGACAGGCGGGUUACCCCACCUAAGCGAAAAAGAGAAAAAUUGAUCAUCGUGUUCACGUUUUCCAUAAAACGUGAAAUUAUUCCGCUGUUCACAUGGAACUUUGAACGGCUAUGCCUCUGAAUUUUCGUACGGUUAAGGUGAUGUUAUACGAGACGAUACGCCGCAACACAGCGUUGCAAUGUUGGAACAACGUUGCAACCAUUCGAAACAAUAUCGCAACAAUGUUGCAAUGCCGUGUUACGGCUUGUGCUAAAAAUCGUUGUUGCAAAUCGUCUCGUGUAACACCACCUUUAAGGCUGUUUUGAGUGAACGUUCGAAUUUUCAGCCGGUCGAAAAUUCGCCCGGUUGCCUUUUUUACUUUCUCUUUGCUGUCGCUGUCUCGACAUCGUAAACUUCCUCUUGAGUGCCAAGUGUAAGACAGGUUGCUACUUUUUACCAAUCCUGAAUCAGCCACAGGGCGUAGCGAAGCAGUGGGUGCGGGGAGAAGGAAGCAACCGAGAGGUAAAAAUAGAGAAGUGUCUUGAGAUGUCGCAAUGAGAAUAUUGUACAUCUCUGGCUUUAUCAGUGUCACAACUUUAAAUGUGAAAUAGCGAAGUCUCGAUCGUUUAUAAUGUUGACAAAUGUUUCUGCGAACUCACACAAGUCAGACAAAUGAGUAUGCUCGCCGGCUACUCUUGUUGAACAAUUUUGAUAUUAUUCAAUUUUCAGACUGUUUCAUUCAGCGCUGGGGCCCCGGUCACUUCC